AUGCACAACCUCAACGCGCCAGAAUCUUUUGGCGCAUCGCUGGUCCAGCCGCCCUACCGGGCCAAUGAAGUUCAAUUUCAGCGCUUCACCGUCGGACUGACGGCCGUUCUUAACCAAUGGACGGCCCUGCAUCUCGUCGUCCAACAUUGCAAUCGGAACGCUCUCUCGAGUCUUCAGGAGGAUUUGAUUAGCUGGCAUCUUGAGAACGGCGAGGUCUACUCGGACGAGAUGGAGGACUUUUUCGAGGAGUUCUUCUCCACCGCGCACGAGGUUUUGAUAGAGGAUGACAGCCUCAAAGAGGUUUCGGAUGUGCUUCACGAGAUGUACUGCCGCUGCUGCCAAAAUGACUUUUCCAUCGUCGAGAAGUUUGUUCAGUUUGAGGCGACCUAUCGGCAGCUCGAUCCCGUGGGUCAGUGUGUGAACGCGGGAGUCUGCACCUCAGAUGAAAGUGAUUUAGGAUCCGUUUUCGAUGACGACGACGCUCAGCAGGGCAACCAAACAAUUCCUGAGAAUCCAAGCAAAAAUGAGGAGGAGACACCAGCCGUACUGCAAAAUACUACGGGCAAUAAGAAAUCUAAAAAACAUAGGAAAAAUCUCUAUAAAAAGAGUUCUGAUGGGUGGAAUGUCGUGCAGUGA